UGGCGCAUGAGUCAAACCUGCGUCACACAUGGUCGUGACUUGCCAUAGUAAUAUUUUUUUUUCUUCUUCUUCUUGGUCCAUCCUGUCGAGGGGUUUGCACUGCGCAGCUCCUCCUCUUCGAUGUUCUCCUUCGAGAUGAUCCACGCGCACUUUUCGCGUGUCGCGCGCCCACCCGUGAGCGUGGCCGAGAUGCUGCACACGGACACGAAGAGCCUCUAAAAACCCACGACGAGAAGCACAACUUCCUUCCGCUGACUCUGAAUCUCCCAAUAAGACGCCUCCCAGCCUCCUCUCUUCGUCACACCUGCCCAGCCGCCUGCCCGCACCCUCCACAGAGUGAGUUCCCACGUGUGUGCCCAGCCAUGCCAAACAACACCCGAGUGACCCAGCUGGAGCACAGCAGCGAGCCGGUCACCGAGUCGGUGGCUGACCUGCUGUCUCUGGAGCACCCAAUGGACUACAAGAGCAGUCAGAUGAGUAUGGGUCUCAGUCCGGGCUCCACUGCCCCAGGAAGAGCCCUGCUGCCCUCCCCUGACCCCGAUGCUGAGGAUGGGCCGGCCUGGAACAAUAAGAUGGAGUACAUCCUGGCACAGGUGGGCUUCUCGGUGGGCCUGGGGAACGUCUGGAGGUUCCCCUACCUGUGUCAAAAGAAUGGUGGAGGUGCCUACCUGGUGCCCUACUUCAUUCUCCUUCUCCUCAUCGGCAUCCCACUGUUCUUCCUGGAGCUGGCAGUGGGUCAGAGGAUUCGACGUGGCAGCAUUGGCGUGUGGAACUAUGUCUACCCCCAGCUGGGAGGCAUUGGGGUUUCUAGUCUGAUGGUUUGCGGCUUCGUGGGCCUCUACUACAACGUGAUCAUCGGAUGGAGCAUCUUCUACUUCUUCCAGUCCUUCCAGUACCCACUCCCGUGGGCCGAAUGCCCGGUCCACAUCAACGGAACCCAGGCCAUCAUAGAGCCGGAGUGCGAGAAGAGUUCGGCCACAACUUACUUUUGGUACCGUCAGACGCUCAACAUCACCAGUACCAUCGAAGACACAGGCGGCCUCAACUGGAAGAUGACUCUCUCCCUGCUGGUGGCUUGGAUCUUGGUGUGCUUGGCUGUCAUCAAGGGCAUCCAGUCCUCUGGGAAGGUGAUGUACUUCAGCUCUCUGUUCCCGUAUGUGGUCCUCUUCUGCUUCCUGGUGAGAGGUUUGCUGCUGAGGGGCGCGGUGGACGGCAUCAUGCACAUGUUCACCCCCAAGCUGGAGAAGAUGCUGGAGCCGCAGUUGUGGCGAGAGGCGGCCACGCAGGUCUUCUUUGCGCUGGGCCUUGGCUUCGGCGGCGUCAUCGCUUUCUCCAGCUACAACAAGCGGGACAACAACUGCCACUUCGACGCCACACUCGUUUCCCUCAUCAACUUCGUCACGUCCAUACUGGCCACGCUGGUGGUGUUUGCCGUCCUGGGCUUCAAGGCCAACAUCAUGAACGAGAAGUGUGUCGUGGAGAAUGCGGAGAAGAUCCUGGUAUACCUCAACACCAGCGUGCUGAGCAAAGAACUUAUCCCUCCUCACAUCAACUUCUCGCAUCUGACCACGCAAGACUAUGCGGAAAUGUACGGCGUCAUUAAGACGGUCAAGGAGGACAACUUUGCCCAGCUGGGCCUCGAUCCUUGUGUGCUGGAGGACGAACUCAACAAGGCCGUGCAGGGAACCGGUCUGGCCUUCAUCGCCUUCACAGAAGCCAUGACGCACUUCCCAGCCAGUCCCUUCUGGUCGGUCAUGUUCUUCUUCAUGCUCAUUAAUUUGGGCCUAGGAAGCAUGAUCGGGACCAUGACGGGCAUCACCACGCCCAUCCUCGACGCCUUCAAGAUACGCAAAGAAAUCCUGUGCGUGGUUUGCUGUAUCAUUGCCUUCCUGUUGGGUCUGCUGUUUGUGCAGCGCUCAGGGAAUUACUUCGUCACCAUGUUUGAUGACUACUCUGCGGGCUUGCCGCUCACGGUGGUGGUGAUUCUGGAGAACAUCUCCGUGGCCUGGAUAUACGGCACCAAAAGGUUUAUGCAGGACCUGGAGGACAUGCUGGGCUUCCGGCCAUACUCCUUCUAUUAUUACAUGUGGCGGUAUGUUUCGCCGGCCGUGCUGGUGCUGCUCAUCAUGGCCACCGUCAUUGAGAUGGCCAUAAGCCCUGCAGGGUACAACGCGUGGGUGGAAGCCGAGGGCUCUGAGCAUUUCCACAGCUACCCUCCGUGGGCUUUAGCCAUGGCCUACUCCCUCAUCGCCGUGGCCAUGCUGCCCUUGCCCGUGGUCUUCGUGGCCCGCCACUUCAACUGGCUGUCGGAUGGUUCCAACAAGCUGUCCGUGUCCUACCGCAAAGGCAUGAUCAAGGACAUGUCCAACCUGGGAGAGCAGGACGAGCAGCGCUUCAUCCUCGGCAAGAACCCUCUCCAGGCGCCAUCCCCCGUGCCCCCCCACCGUGCCUACCUGGGGCCCGGCGGCACACAGGAAAUGACCAACACCAACUAUGGGACCAGCACCAAGACGGGCUACCAGAACAUUGGCUCCCCCGAGUCUGAGCUAUAAUGUGCCGAGCGUUUCGGAAAGAGGUUCCGUUUUCUUUUCUUUUUGUCAUCCCACCUUUACUCAUCCGGUGGAUCAGUUUCAGGGUUUGUCCAGUGCUCAAUAACUUUAUGUGCUGAAUACAAAUAAGAAUUAAAGCUGCAAGCAAGGGCCCUCUUUGUCAUGGCCAAGCCUCCAAAUGAUCAUCAAACUUUGACACCGCCCUUAUUAGAUGGCGUAGACCAAAAAGCUUUUAAAAAAACAAAAAAACAAAAAACAAAAAUGUAAUUUCGGGCUGAGACUUUUUCUUCAAGCCUGUUAUGAUAGACAUGGCCACUCAAUUUUGUGUCUAAUGGUUAAAAUAGUGUUGUAGGCUUACCAAGCAAGUGAUGAAAGGGCCCUUGCACCAUCUGACAUAGCCAUUGCUCGAAAUACCAAUCAAACUUUGACGCCAUACUCCGCCCACGUUAGACAGCGUAGGCCAAUUUGGCGUCCCCUCUGAGGAGGAGUUUGUCAAAGUAUGAGCCUUGGAAUUCACUCAAAAAGGUUGCUUCAAACAAAAAUGGCCACCUUCCUGUUCAAUUCCGAGCAUGUGCCCGUGAGACCUUUUGGUGAGUCGUGUCAUGAUAGACCUGUCCACCCAAUUUCGUGUUGAUUAGUGAAACUGGUGUUGGUGGGUUAAUUUUUUUCCAGGUGUUGCUAAUAAGUGAGUUUUGGUGGUGAUUGUGUUGGGACUUUGAAAAACGGAGUUUUCACCCUUGUUGAGGCCUCCAAAAUGGUGUUUAAUUCAUCGGUAGAAUAAUAUUUAAUACUGUACAGUAGUUCCAAAAGGGCAUUCACAGCGCCUGCUGACGGACCCUUAUAGUAAGACGUAACAAUAAUGUGGAAAAGAGCACACUUUCACUCACAGUCUUUUAAAUUCCAAAGGUUAAUAUUCGUCAGUUAUUAUUAUAAUUAUUAUUGUAUAGAAGGACAUACUGAAGACUCGUUUACUGUGCUUGACAUACUUGACAUUUUACUAAGCCACACCACCAGAAAAACCGACUGACCAAACACUGCACAGAACAGAGUUCCAGCACUUGAACGUAGAACGAUAUGUUUUACUUUUUAAUUGAUUUUUUUUGGGGUGGCUUUUUUUUUUAAUGCAGUGCUCUGGAUGAUGUCAUUUGAAUCUCAACUCAAUAUCUCAAUACUGUGGAGCCAGUUUAAAAACAAAGUGCUGUAAAUAAAUAAAAAUCGAAUAUGAAAUUGAAAAAAAUUGAACAUAAUUUAAAAAGAAUAAAACAGUAACAAAUUUAAAAACAAAACAAAACCCAAAAAAAAAAAGGGCUGAAAUCAUGCUCUACUCUAACAUUUUAGAAGGUCAUCCUAUAGAUUGUGACCAGCAACAGAAAAAGCCCUACCCCCUCUGAGAUUCUGACACUGGGCAGGAGUGUAGGAAGGAGCAGCUCAGAGAGGUAAAGAGGGGCGAGACCAUUUCAAGGUUGGAAAACAAAGAAAAACAAAACAAAAUCUUAAAAUGAACUCGAAGUGGACAUAAGGCCAGAAUAGGAGUUACUGAUGUGCUCCCUUUUACGUGUUCCAGUUAAGAGGAGUGCGCCAGCAUUUUGAACCAACUGGUGGCAUUUAAGGAAGGGUGAGAAUCUGUGAAAGCAGUUAUAAUUAUAAACUUUGUUCUUAUUAUUAUAAUAAUAAUUAUUAUUAUUAUUGUUACUAUUAUUAUUAUUAUUACCUUUGCUCCAAGAUAAGCCACAUAUUUGUUUUAUAUGUCUAAGUAAUGCUAUGCCAUUGUUAGCCGAUCUGUGCUAACACUCCAGCUCUGCUUACCUUUUGACAUUGACAUUGCCAAAGUGGUUCUUUUGCUCUGGACCAGCCUAGCUGAUCAUGUCAUCGGCCAUUUGGUAACGUUGGGACAGAAGUGCAGAAGGGCUUGCUCAUACUUUCUGAAAUAGAUUGAUUGACUAGGUUGUUACUUUCACCCUUAAUGAGUGGGCAGGCACUCACAGGACACAAAUGUUCGUAUACGAGACAUUCAAAAUGUCACCAUAUAGUCAACGAGGCUUUUUUUCCCCUCCCGUUUAAUGAAGUGCGAGGGCUCAUCUUUGAUCGGCUCGGUGAGGGCAUUAGAGGUGUGACUUUAGUCUUUUGUGUGUGCGAGGCCCCGGUGAACCCUCAACGUGUAAAAAUAGAGCUGUGUUGCCCAGGGGCCGGGGCGGGGUGGUGGCGCCUUGGUAACACGUCUUAAAUACCAUGAACAUCAGGAGGUUGUUGUCACCUGCGCACCUCUUGGCUCAGCCAUUGAUGAAACGAUUUACUGUUUAGUUGAAGCAUUCAGCAUGACCAACUCCUUGAAUAAUAAUAAUAAUAUUUAUAAUAAUUAUAUGAAUAAUAUUUAUAAUUAUAUGAAUAAUAUUUAUAAUAAUUAUAUGAAUAAUAUUUAUAAUAAUAAUGAAAAUAAUACUAAUAGCUUACAUUUAUAUACUGUAGCACCUUUCAAGGGACCCGAGGAAGCGUAACAAUGUUUUUUUUUUUUUUUUAUGUCCAGGGAAACAGCAUCACAGAUUUUAGUAGGCUGAGAGUUCUGGAGAAAAUGAAGAAUUUUGGACUUCACAGCCUCUUUGUGGAAAACCAGAACCUCCUUAAUAACCACUAGCACCUUGUGUACAACAUCAAGACUUGUAGUACCUGUAGACCCUUCUUAAUGCAUACGUUCAUAUCCUUGUAGUGGACUACCAGAACCUCAUUGAUUUGUCACUAGAAGCUUCUGUAGAACAUCUAAACCCGUAGAAUCUCUUGAACCUUCUUAAUGGCCAAGUUUGAUUAUCACUAGAAUCGUCUGUAGAACGUCUAGACCUUGAAAACCUCCAGUCCCUUCUUAAUAACCAGGUUCAGAACCUUGUAGUGGACUACAGGAACCUCCUCAAUCAUCACUAUAACCGUCUGUGGAAUAUCCAGACCUGUAGAAUGUGUAGAACCUUCUUCAUGCACAUGUUCACAUCCUUGUAGUGGACUACUAGAACCUCCUUAAUCAUCACUAAAAGCUUCUGUAGAACCUCUAGAACCUUUUUAAAAGAUACAUUCACACCUUGUAGUAGACUACCAGAACCUCCUUGAUCCUCACUAGAACGUCCUGUUGAACAUCUAGACUUCUUAAUAGCCUUAUUCCCAACCUUGUGGUGGACUACACAAACCUCCUUGAUCACCACAAGAACCCGCAAUAGAUUAGGUCAUUAGGAAAAGUUUCAACACUCUCUGGAACUUGAUGGGGAGCCAGUGAAGGUGCUUGCUGUUACCUAACAAGGAGCUGAACAGCAAAGUUCAGUGUUGUUUUUUCCAUUUCUGUGGAUGUCUCCUUAUGUGUUUUUGUGACUCUUCCAGUCCCUCUGUAUCUCUGUUGGAACCUGCUGAUGACACUCCAUCAAAGCUCAGUGGCCGCUUUUAUAGUGUCAUCAGAAGGUUGCAAUACAUUUUCAUGAAUCAAAUACGUUUUGCUGUUCAGCUCUUUGUUAGAGAACAGAAGUUGUGCAAAAAGUACUGAAACAUUAAACUGUUGGACCCACAGUCAAAUUAAGUUCACAUGUAAAGCUUAUUGUGCAGUUUUAGUUCAUCUUGAAAUUUCACCUGAAAGCCGAAUAGCCCUAAAUAUUCGGCAGUAGUGUACUAAAGACGUGUUGAUGCGUGUUCUGUUUGUUGUUCCUGUACACACUUGUAACCGCUAGGUGUCUCUGCUGGCCAGCAAUGAAGGAGCCUUGCUGUGGCCCCUCCCGGGUCCCAAAGCUUGAGAGUGAUCAGGUGUCUCGUCGCCUUGCGAUUGCACUUUGAUGAUGAUGAUGAUGAUGAUGAUGAUGAUCAUGAUGAUAUCGUUCAGUUGUACCCAAUGUCUCUCAAUAAUUAAUGUUCGUAUAAUUGCUGGCCUGGCUAAAUGAAUGUCAUUUUUAUUCAAAUAAUCAACAUGUAUUUAGAGCGUUUCGGAAAAGAGCUCUCCUAUUGUUUGCUCUUUUAAAAUGUAAUUAUGUGACACACGUUCUAAAUGUAAGUAAAGUCGUUGCUCGUCUCGCCAGUUAAGUCGUGAAAACUUGCACAACAAAAAUGAAAGUUGCAAUAAUGCUGCGUUGUAAUGGCACACAAAGCCCAAAUGUAUACAUAUUUUGCAUAUUGUUUUUCACAAUUAAAAAUAGUUCCCAGGUGUUUUAAUUGCAAGUUUAUAACAUGUUUUCGUCGAAAUAUCCCAAGCAUUAAUAAUAUAUAUAUUUUUUUGUCUUGUCGAAAUUAGCCCGUUUCGGGGGGUGGUGCUUUCUCAUGUAAAUGAGUCACUGGUCACCCCGCCUUCCUCUCCACCCAUACCAAUUUCGAGUUUGACGUUUGUUACCGUGAAGGUUAGGGGCUGUGCGAGGGCAUUGCGACUAGGCGAGCCGAUACUGGUCCCCAAGCAGCCCAACAUCUGAAGAGAAAAGCAAGUCCCCUUAAAGACCAAUUUGUAUUUUUUCUACUUUCACUACUGGAGGCAGCACUUCAUCUCCAAGGCCCCACGUCGACAACCUGCCUAACCUUCAAAUAUGUGACUGCUAUCAGAAGCUAAACCUGUUAGCAAAUCCUAAACUGUGCUAACAAUGCAGUUCUUCUUUCCAUUUGACGUGACAUCAUAGAGCUUCCAUGUAGUGCGUCCGUCGUCACCUUUUUACCCACUUGCUGCCAAGUCAUAGGUGGAGAAACUCUGUAUGUAAAUGUAUUCUACAUAAAAUUUCAAUCACCAUUUUACCUAAAUUGUUUAAAAUAUGGCGGCACGGUGGCCGACUGGUUAGAGCGUCAGCCUCACAGUUCUGAGGUGCGGGGUUCAAUCCCCGUCCCCGCCUGUGUGGAGUUUGCAUGUUCUCCCCGUGCCUGCGUGGGUUUUCUCCGGGCACUCCGGUUUCCUCCCACAUCCCAAAAACAUGCAUUAAUUGGAGACUCUAAAUUGCCCGUAGGCAUGACUGUGAGUGCGAAUGGUUGUUAGUUUCUAUGUGCCCUGCGAUUGGCUGGCAACCAGUUCAGGGUGUACCCCGCCUCCUGCCCGAUGACAGCUGGGAUAGGCUCCAGCACGCCCGCGACCCUAGUGAGGAGAAGCGGCUCAGAAAAUGGAUGGAUGGAUGGAUGUUUAAAAUAUAACAUUUCUUAUAAAAUAAAUACAAAUGUAUUGAACUUCAAAGCUCAAUACAACUGAACUGUACUGAGGCAAUGAUUCUAUUGCGUACCACGACAUGGGUACCACAUUUUGAGAAUCAUUGGUACAAGGAAAAGUUUUACAUGAUGUCAUCUUGUCUUCUUUAUGGCGAGAGACGAAGCACAUUUGAGCAAAAGCACAUUUGCCUGAGCACAAAGCAGCAGCCGCGUCUCGCUGCUGAGCGAUGAGCUUCCAGCAGCCGGCGAGCUAAAAAUACAACCUAGGAACCAACCAGCCGGCCAGAGAGCGAAUUAGGUAAAGAAACGAAUAUAUCAUGUCAGCUGUUCGUCUUGGCCCAAGGAACAAGGCUGAAAACACACUAAAAGCCCUAAAAUGCUAGCAUUGGCACAAUACUCCGCAUAUCAUCCUUUUUAACUGGCAAUUAAAAAAAAAACAAAAAAAAAAAAAACGGAGAAGUACCUAAUUUUUCAAUUUUAGGCUCAGCUCAAAGAUAUAGAAUGGGGAAAAAAACAGGCCACAAGACUGAAUUUGAUUUUAAUAUUUAGUUGGUCGGGUUUAUGUGACCAGGAAGUUUGGUGAAGAACAUUAGUAAAGAUGUGUUAGCUCGUUAGCCGCCACGACCACAAUCUAUCAAAUGAUCCAUUAGCCAUAUUUGAAAAACGUGUUUCAAACAUGAUUGUAAUCGGCGUCAUGUAGUCCAUCUAACAUUGAAGAAAUACUUUCACUGCUGUUUGUCCAAUCGCAUUACUUUUUUUUUUUUUUUGGUGCUAGAUAAAAAAAAAAGAAAUGAUCAGUCACUUUUUCAUUUUUUGACUUUUGAUUGCCAAUUCAAAAAGAAAAAAACAAAAUAUUUCACAAAUUCACAUUAAAUACAAGGACAUGCUGUUAUUGACUUGUUGGAUGUUCAAAUGUGAUGCACAAUGUGUCCUUUUAUCCAUCAUGUCUGAAUAUUUUACCACAAUUCUACACAAUUUCCACUCUUAGCACUGUAUACCAUCUGUAUACCAUUUGUCCAUGCUUAUGCGUACAGUUUCAAUUCGGAGGUCUGUUCAUCUUAUUUGUUGUGUUGUGUAUCUACAGCUUCAAUUGAGCUUUCUGCCCGGAAGGCAGAGUGACCAAUCAUGGUGCCGCACUGAACAACAAAGUCCGACACAUUUCUGUGGACGCUGCGUUGAAUUUGAUGAUAUACUGUAUUUCAUAAUUUUUUUUGGUUUGGUCGUAAUUUUGUCAUUUUUUUUUUUACUUUUUCAAAUGUAAUGGCGGCUCUGAAUAAAGCUAAGCGGCCAUUCACAUUGCCAUUCGAAUCCCUCAAAAAUCAACAGGCACACCUUUGUCUGCUCCAAGCUUAGCUGUGCAAUGUAUUUGUAUCUCGAAAGAUAACUCUGUUGAUAGCUCAUUAAUCAAAAUGCUAAUGUUAUUUUACCCACAUGCUAACAAGUUUAGGAUAUAUAUUUUAGCUAUUUGAAGGUAAGCAAUGCACUUAUUUUAAUGUGUGUAUAUAUAUAUAUAUAUAUAUAUAUACACACACACACAGUAUAUCAUGGCUGUUGUUUGUUAUCGUUUUAACCAACAUGCUAAUGUUCGGCUCUAAGGUGAGGCGCCAUCGUCGCUAGCUAUGGAUAUAAGGUACUCGGGCUAGCUAUGGCUUCCUGGUUGCAAUGUUUGUGUAGGCUUUUUGGGUGAAGCUUGUCGGACAAGAAUAUUAAGCCCUACACCAUUCACAAAUUCAUCUAUUCACCUCUCCUGUAUUUUUAUGUUGUUUGCGUCAUGACUUAAAAUGCCACAAGAUUCCACCAAAACACCCUGCUCCUUUAUGUUAGUGUAGGAGUAGCUAAUGUUGGCCACAGGCUGAUGGCCGGCUAGACGGCGAAUAGCGACGUGAUAAAAGAUUUCAGUAAAGGUCCAAAAAAGUCAUAAAACAGCUAGUUGGAAGUAGUAAUUGUUAUUUCUAGGGGUUGUGAAGCGGCAACAUACAUGCCAGCGUCCUUGCACUUCCUCUGCAUUAUUUCUGAAUCAAAUGAUCUGGAAGCCAUUUAUUUUUCUAAGUAAUGUUGAAAUAUGACUGAAAUUGUAUUAGAAGUGUUUUGGGAUUAUGGUUUGGGGUAUAUUUAGGUUUUAAACUGUGAAUAUAGGCAAUCAUAAACAUUUGGGGGGCGUCAUUUACUAGUGGAAAUCGCUAUUUGCGGCAGCACCCGGUUCCUAACCCCCACGAAUGUGUGUGUGUGUGAGGGGGGGGGGGUUCUCUGUAAAAAUGGGGUGCGUGUCUUAGCGAAAGCGAAAAUGAAUCGACCAGAAGUUUCAAUCUUGAUGUGAGCAAAGCAUAGUUCCCUUCUAUUUGUUGUAUCAAAAGUGUAAAUCUCGAUGUACAUUCCGAUCUAUUUACGAUGUGAAUCAGUCUAUACUUGAGCUGUAAAUAAUACUUGUAUAUUUGCAACUAUUUUUUGAUGUACAGUAGGUCAUUUACUGUCGGUUCGCUGUCUGUCAGCGUGUGUGUGUGUGUGCGUGUGCGAGCGUACAGUACAGUGUGUAAAAUCCAUGUAGGUUUUUGUGGUGUCAAAGUGUAGUGUGUUCCUGGGAUGUACACUCGUGGUGUGUAAACAAUCAAUGUGUUGGAUUCCACACUUGCAACAAAGAGAAACUUUAUCAGUAAGAUAGAUUUUCUUUCUUUUUUUUUUGGGUCGGGCUGGGGGGUUCAAAGUGUACAACCUAAGAUGAAAAAUAAAAAGAUUGAUUUGAAUAAA